AACGCCAGCCGCGUGUCCUGAAAUCGUCCAUAGUAAAAUCACAUAUCUAAUCUCGCCGGACGGUAAUUUUGCCCCGGGGUGAGAUUGAUAAAAACAACAAACUGAGGUGCUAAGCGUGCCACAUCGUUCGACAGUUCAAUGUAUUCCACAGGUGCGGAUUUGCGCGAGGCACGAGUAACGAUGGACACACAACCCGAGUACGUGCAGGUUGGCCUGAGAAAAGUCGCUACCGAGCAGGGUUUCACCGAAGGCAAAUACCGGAUCGAGUUUGAAUCGGGUUCCAACAAGGGCGAUGGAUUUAUGGGAACUAUGUCCAAAGUGUUCAUCCGCCAGGAGGAUCGUAAGGAGCUGGUGCUUCUGGUGAAGGAUAUGCCGGAAAAUUUGGCACGUCGUCAGCAGUCGAUUGUUAUGUUUGACCGAGAGGCGGUAGCGUAUAAUUCAGUUAUUCCGGCGUUGGAAAAGUUUCAAUCGGAUAAAGGUAUAAGCGUAGAUAAAGGGGGUUAGGGGUU